AGACACCUCCCGCUGGCAGUGCCCACUCUCCCCCGGAGGCCGCCAUACCUCCUACGGCUCAAACACCUCCAGCUGGUGGCGCCGGCUCUCCCUCCGAGGCCGGUUCAUCUCCUCCAUCGUCUGGUGCUUCCCCCUCGACUGCUCCAACGUCUCCUUCUCCCACGCGUCGUUUGGCUCCGUUAGAGCUAGAAGACCCCUGUGACAAAUGCGAUCCAACCCCCCACUCGGACUCCGAAGACGAAGACGGAGAUCGUCAUGAAGGAGUGGGCAGGAGUCCUUUGUCACCCGCUGAGUUGUCCCCGCGCGCUCCGGCUUUGACGCCCUCCCAAAUGACCAGCCCACUAAACAACGCAGUCACAAACAUGUCCACUGCCACAGUUCCCGCCAAACGUAGCUGUGACGACACAGCCGGUGCCAAAACCAAGAAGCCGCGCACUCGCGUGCCGAUGAAGAAGCCAGACGUCACGAAUGCCCAAAGCUUGUGGUGUGACGAGGUGUGGUGGAAGGACAACGGAGGCACAGGUAUCCAGAAGGAGUACCAGACCGAGUGGAAGGCGUUACCCGCCACGGAGAAAGCAGUAAGCCUUCUAUUCGUUGGUAUCAACUAUACUAACGUUUUCUUAGGUUUUCCGGAAGAAGUUCAACUCUCGCAAGUAGCCCCGUUACACGAUCCAAUACCCGCCUCACGACAACUCAAUUUCUUGACCAUUCGCGCCUUGUAUUCUAUGCCGCCUGCUCGACGACUUCGGCGCCCUGCUCGUCUACCCAAUUUCUUGCCGAUUCCCGCCUAGACCCGUUUUCUGGCGAUUUCUAUGGCUUUCUCUGCUAUGCUAUGCUCUGACCCGACGUUUGCUGCUCCCGCGCCCGACUUGCAUUGACUCUGUCG